AUGAAGUUCUCUAAAGCUUUACUAGCUACUACCUCUGCUGCCACUGUCUUAGCUGCCCCAGCUGCUGUUACUGUCACCGAACAUGUCCAUCAAGAAGCUACCAUUACCGUUCAAGGUUUUGUCUAUUACUCUAAUGGUGUCGCUUAUACUUCUGUCUCCACUCUAGGUGUUGACAAUGUUGCCACUUCCACUGCUGCCUUCACUGGUCUAGUUCAAGAAAAUGACCUUGGUGUUGUCGCUACCGAUGCCACUUCCGUUGAUUCUACUUCUUCUACCAUUACUAUUACUGGUACUGUCACAUCUACUCAAGCUAUUCCAACUACCACAGCACCAGUUACUACUCCAGCUACUGUUGUAACCAGCGCUGCUGUUGACCCAACCACUUCUUCUACCGCUGCAGUUGAAGCUGCUACUACUGCUGCUACUACUGCUGCUGCCGCUGCCACUACUACUGCUGCAUCAUCAGAUUUUGAAACCUCUAUGUUGAACGAACAUAACGUCAAAAGAGCUCUACAUGUUAACACUCCAGAUCUAACUUGGUCCGAUACCCUUGCAUCCUAUGCUCAAGCCUAUGCUGACAAUUACGAUUGUUCAGGUGUCUUAACUCAUUCUGGUGGUGCAUAUGGUGAAAACCUUGCGUUAGGUUACGGAACAACUGGUGCUGUUGAUGGUUGGUAUGACGAAAUCUCAAGUUAUGAUUAUUCUAACCCAGGCUUCACUGAAAAUGCUGGUCACUUCACUCAAGUUGUAUGGGCCUCAACUUCUCAAGUUGGUUGUGGUAUUAAAUCUUGUGGUGGUGUUUGGGGUGAUUAUGUCAUUUGUUCUUAUGAAGAUGCCGGUAACGUUAUUGGUCAAUUUCCAGAAAACGUUCUUGCUUUAGCAUGA